AAGAAACUAAAAUAUACACAAAAGAAAGCAGAGAGACAGAGACGCAACAAGACAUCGCUGUCUGAGCCAAAAGCUGAGCUCAUCUCCGCUCACCUCGCAUGCCCUUUGUUUUACUCAUAAUCAAUAUUCUCUCUCUCUCUCUCUUUUACACACUUCAAAGCUCACACCCCCAUUUCCUCCAAUCCUGUACUUGCUUCCUCCUCCUCUCCCUCUGCAACUCUCGGGGCUCCGAGCCCCGAAUCCCAGGGAAGCUUGAGAGAAUGUACUCUGCUUUGCAUUCUCUGCCGUUGGAUGGGGGUGUUUGUGGGCACGGAGAGUUCAGUGGAUCGUUGGAUGGUACAAACCUGCCGGGUGAUGCUUGCUUGGUUCUGACUACGGAUCCAAAGCCCCGGUUGAGGUGGACGGCGGAGCUCCAUGAGAGGUUUGUGGACGCUGUGACUCAGCUUGGUGGCCCUGACAAAGCGACACCUAAGACCAUUAUGAGAACAAUGGGAGUAAAAGGCCUUACCCUAUAUCACUUGAAAUCACACCUUCAGAAAUAUCGACUAGGGAAGCAAUCGUUUAAAGAAUCAACUGAAAACUCGAAGGAUGUUGGGAUUGCAGCUUCUUGCAUUGCUGAAAGUCAGGACACUGGGUCUUCGGCAACCUCAUCAAGAGUGAUCGCCCAAGAUUUGAAUGAUGGCUACCAGGUUACUGAGGCUUUGCGUGUACAAAUGGAAGUGCAAAGAAGACUGCAUGAGCAGCUGGAGGUGCAGCGUCGCCUUCAACUUCGUAUUGAAGCACAGGGAAAGUACCUACAGUCUAUACUUGAGAAAGCUUGUAAGGCUCUGAAUGACCAGGCUGCAACUGCUGCUGGGCUUGAAGCUGCUAAGGAAGAACUCUCUGAACUUGCUAUUAAGGUUUCCAGUGACUGUCAAGGGAUGGCCCCACUUGAUACCAUAAAAAUGCAGUCCUUGUCUGAAAUUGCUGCAGCAAUAGAGAACAAAAGUGCCUCAAAUGUACUGGCUCGCAUCGGCAAUUGCUCUGUUGAUAGCUGCUUGACAUCAACUGGAAGCCCUGGUUCUCCAAUGGGUAUGAGUUCACUGGCUGCUGCCAUGAAGAAAAGGCAAAGGCCCUUCUUCAGCAAUGGAGACUCGUUGCCCUUAGAGGGCAACAUGAGGCAAGAAGUAGAAUGGAUGAUGAGUAAUAUUGCAUGAAGCAAGACCUCAAUCGUUUAGAAUUUGAAACCCCCUUUUCAAAUGACUUUUUGUCUAGUUGAUCUAAACACAUCCUUUGUAACACCCAUCAGUGUUCUGUAUAUUGGUAAGCAGAUUGUAGUGUGGGGAUCCUUUUACUUUCAUACCAUUGUCAUGGGAUUUGAAACCGCAGAACGUGCUCAAAUUUUUGUUGUUGUUGUCAUCCCAUUGCCAUUAUCAGUUA